CUUUACACAAUAUUGAAAGUUUCAGAACGUCAACAAUCUGAUACUGCGAAUCUCAAUAUUGUUUUGUACUCGAGAUGUUUUUUGCUUACAAAUGUUGACAAAACAAAACUGAAACAUCAUUUGGGUGGCAGCGAACAGUCAAUACAUCGUGCAAGGAUGGUGGUGACAUCUGGUUGCCAAUCUCACGGACACCAUCAAAAGUUCAUUGCAUUAUUGAUACUGUGCUUUUUGGACUGUGGUCAAGGUGACGGUAAAGAAAAACGAGAAAUAUCCAGUCCAAAAAGUAAAAGUGGACAACCAGGGGGAUCUGGUAACUCAGAAUGGCAGCAACUAUGGUAUUCGAGCGUUGAUGAAUUUCAAAAGCUCACGGAGCCACUUUUGGACAACACCACUGAAACUAACCUCACUGUGCCAUUAGGAAGCACAGCUUAUCUUCAUUGUCGUGUCAGAAACUUAGGCGAGCGAACGAUAUCAUGGGUUCGCCGCAGGGACUGGCACAUCUUGACUUCGGGCAUGUUUACGUACACAAACGACGAGAGGUUCACCGUGUUGCACGCCGAGGGCUCGGAUGAUUGGACAUUGAAAAUAAAAUACGUGCAGAAACGAGACAACGGCACAUACGAGUGUCAGAUAUCCACCGGAACAGGCAUCAUGUCCUCGUUCAUCAACGUUCACAUCGUCGUUCCUGAGGUCCACAUUGAUGGACCAAGUGAACUCCACGUAGACAUGGGCAGCAUAAUAAAUCUUCUCUGUAUCAUCGAAAAAAGUCCACAACCUCCACAGUACGUGUUUUGGUAUCACAAUGAAAAAAUGAUCAAUUACGACAAUAUAAGAGGUGGUAUUGUAGUUAAUACAGAAAAUGGAGGCCGUAGUACCAGUAGGUUGACCAUCCACGACGUUAUUGACACUGACAGUGGCAAUUACACAUGUGAAACUGCAAAUGCCGAACAAGCUUAUGUUUACGUUUUUGUAUCUGAAGGAGACACAAUGGCCGCUAUAUCACGUAGAAAGUCCACUGCUUCGGGAAUCGAAGUGAUGCUAUGGUUUGUAGCAUUACCACUGAUGGUAAUAUCCAUUAGAUAAGGGGAAACGAUUCUUAUGUAUAGGUAAUAAAAAUUAUUAUAUGUAUGUAUUUUAUCUUUGUAAAAAGUAUAAUUAUUAUAAUUAUUGUUAAACAUUC